AAUGUGCGCACCCCCGCGCGGGGCCCCGCCCGAGCAUCCCGGGCCGACGGGGCUGUGCCGGAGCAGCUGUGCAGAGCUGCAGGCGCGCGUCAUGGCUGCUUUGAGACAGCCCCAGGUCGCGGAGCUGCUGGCCGAGGCCCGGCGAGCCUUCCGGGAGGAGUUCGGGGCCGAGCCCGAGCUGGCUGUGUCAGCGCCGGGCCGCGUCAACCUCAUCGGGGAACACACGGACUACAACCAGGGCCUGGUGCUGCCUAUGGCUCUGGAGCUCAUGACGGUGCUGGUGGGCAGCCCCCGCAAGGAUGGGCUGGUGUCUCUCCUCACCACCUCUGAGGGUGCCGAUGAGCCCCAGCGGCUGCAGUUUCCACUGCCCACAACCCAGCGCUCGCUGGAGCCUGGGACUCCUCGGUGGGCCAACUAUGUCAAGGGAGUGAUUCAGUACUACCCAGCUGCCCCCCUCCCUGGCUUCAGUGCAGUGGUGGUCAGCUCAGUGCCCCUGGGGGGUGGCCUGUCCAGCUCAGCAUCCUUGGAAGUGGCCACGUACACCUUCCUCCAGCAGCUCUGUCCAGACUCGGGCACAAUAGCUGCCCGCGCCCAGGUGUGUCAGCAGGCCGAGCACAGCUUCGCAGGGAUGCCCUGUGGCAUCAUGGACCAGUUCAUCUCACUUAUGGGACAGAAAGGCCACGCGCUGCUCAUUGACUGCAGGUCCUUGGAGACCAGCCUGGUGCCACUCUCGGACCCCAAGCUGGCCGUGCUCAUCACCAACUCUAAUGUCCGCCACUCCCUGGCCUCCAGCGAGUACCCUGUGCGGCGGCGCCAAUGUGAAGAAGUGGCCCGGGCGCUGGGCAAGGAAAGCCUCCGGGAGGUACAACUGGAAGAGCUAGAGGCUGCCAGGGACCUGGUGAGCAAAGAGGGCUUCCGGCGGGCCCGGCACGUGGUGGGGGAGAUUCGGCGCACAGCUCAGGCAGCGGCCGCCCUGAGACGUGGCGACUACAGAGCCUUUGGCCGCCUCAUGGUGGAGAGCCACCGCUCACUCAGAGACGACUAUGAGGUGAGCUGCCCGGAGCUGGACCAGCUGGUGGAGGCUGCGCUUGCUGUGCCUGGGGUUUAUGGCAGCCGCAUGACGGGCGGUGGCUUCGGUGGCUGCACGGUGACACUGCUGGAGGCCUCCGCUGCUCCCCACGCCAUGCGGCACAUCCAGGUGGGCGGGCACCAGGGCCUGGGCAGGCAGGAGCGGCAGCUUCCCGGGGCCCUGCCACUCACCCCCAGCCCGCCUCUUACAGGAGCACUACGGUGGGACUGCCACCUUCUACCUCUCUCAAGCAGCCGAUGGAGCCAAGGUGCUGUGCUUGUGAGGCGCCCCCAGGACAGCACACGGUGAGGGUACGGGGCCGGCAGGCCAGUCCCACGGCUCUGUGCCCGAUGCCAUCUUCCAUAUCCGGGUGCUCAAUAAACUUGUGCCUCCAA